AUGCGCAAGAACCGCAGAAAGACCAUUGAGGGCAACGAGCUACCUGAUCCUUUACGUGAAUCGUCACCAUCCGUGGAUGCUAGUAGACGAAAGAGUGCAACCGCCGUUGCUCCUAUUCCCAUGGGUGAAAUGGGCGGCUCGAGCGAGAAAGGGACACCUACUGAGGAGACAGCACCAUCUACAACCCCCAGACCUACUUCAUCUGGUGGCGCACGAAAAACAAGUGGAUCACGCCCUGGCACCCCGAAGCGUUCUGCAAGCCCGCGGAAAGCCCCUCCUGUUCCUAAACUCCCAGCCGCAUUUAUGCCCUCGAAACUUUCUGAUGAAGUGACCUUGCCCCAAGAUGAUGUGGAAAAUCUCGCAGCUGGCUUGCGCAAGAUUAAGCUGGUCAUGCCUUCACCGGAAGAACAAGCUGCCCGAGAAAGGAAAGUCACCGAAGAGCGAAAGUUAGUUCCCAAACCAGCCAGAACUCUAAAAUCGCCCAAAUCACCCAGGAAGACCAGUGCAUCUAGAACACCCCGUGGAAAGGCCGUAAUCCGCUUUGGAACAACGCCAAAUACUUCUCCACCGGAUAUCCCCACGCCUCCCAUUGGUAUUUCCGCGAGCGAUGCAAUGAUAAAGCAGGAGAACCAGCCCUCAAACUUCGGCUUUUCCUCAGAUUCACUUGCCACCUCUUCAUCCAUGGCUUCGACCGAAGCAACUGGGAUGAGCGGUAUGACUUCAAUGUUCCCUGCGUUCAAAUCCUCUGAGGGGAUAACUCCAUCAGUCUCCCCAUCUAUCAACCAACAACCGACUUUCUUUCCUCCCAAUACGUCUUCUCCACCUCACACCCCCGACAACCAGAUGACCCAGAGUACAGAAUCAUCUAAUGCUAAAUCCAAUGUCUACUCGCCCCCUACAUCAGAAGCUCAGACAAAAACGGGGUUACCUGUUUUUACAUCCAAUAGUGCCAUUCCCUUUGCGGCGCCCGGGGCUUCUCAGAACAAUCCUCCGCCAAACAACACUUCUUAUCCAGUCCAGAAAAACUCUCAGGAAAACCGACCUCACUACCCAUCAAUGUAA